AUGGCGGCGGCGAGCGCUGAUGACGUCACCGGAGAGGCGCCGCGCCCCGCGCGUGAGGGCGCCGGGAGCCCCAAAGCACCCCUCCCCAAGGGUGUGAAGUCCAACCCCUCCAAGCGGCACAGGGAGCGGCUGAACCAGGAGCUGAACGAGCUGAUGGGGCUGCUGCCCUUCCCCGAGGAUGUGUGCUCCAGGCUGGAUAAACUCUCCAUCCUCCGGCUGGCCGUGGGCUACCUGAAGGUGAAGAGCUACCUGAUGGCUACAGCUCCAAACGUUGGUAACCACGUGAAUCAGCCCAGACUCCCAGGAGGGGACAGAUGGAUGGAGCUGCAAGGUGACAGGGAGCUGUUUCCUGAGGGGGAGCUGCUGCUCCAGGCACUCAAUGGAUUUGUCAUCGCCGUGACUGGAGACGGCUACAUCUUCUACAUCUCCCCUACCAUGCAGGCCUACUUGGGCUUCCACCAGUCGGAUCUCAUCUACCAGAGCAUGUACGAGCUGAUCCAUGCAGACGACAGGGCCAUCUUCCACCGCCAGCUGCACAGGACCCCACUGCAUGCUGCUGACAGUGAAUGCAGUGCCACGUCCAGCCCCCAGCACCUCCAUGCUGAGAAGCAAUCCUUCGUGGAGAGGAGCUUCUCCUGCCGCUUCCGCUGCCUGCUGGAUAACUCCUCGGGAUUCUUGGCCUUGAAUUUCCAUGGGCGCCUGAAGUUCCUUCUUGGGUAGCAAAAGUCAGCAGCAGACAAAUCCCCAGUUGCUCUCUUUGCCAUUGCCACACUCCUCCAGCCUCUCUCCGUCCUGGAGCUCCAGACCAAAACACUGAUCUUCCAGAAAAAGCACAAGCUGGACUUCACUCCAAAGGCCUGUGAUUCCCAGGGGAAGGUUGUCCUGGGAUACACGGAAGUGGAGCUGUGCAGGAGGGGGUCGGGAUACCAGUUUGCUCAUACAGCUGACGUGAUGCACUGUGCAGAGCACCACGUGAGAAUGAUGAAGACAGGGGAGAGUGGGUUGACAGUGCUCUGGCUCCUGACCAAGAGGGGCAGCUGGCUGUGGGUGCAGGCCAGCGCACAUCUGGUGUACAAAGGAGACAGGCCCAACUGCAUCAUCGCCCACCAGCGAGCCCUGUCGAAUGAAGAAGGGGAGGAACAUCUCCAGAAGAGAAACCUGCAGCUGCCUUUCAGCUUUGCCACAGGGGAAGCAGUCUUGUAUGGGAAUGACCUUCCUGAGUUCUUGGAUUCAUUCCAAACCAAGGAGGAGUUGCAGGUGCAAGCAAACUCUGAGUCAGAGCAGUGCUUGGUAGACCCCAACUCUCUCCUUGGGGCCAUGAUGAAGCAGGAUGCAUCCAUAUACAAUUCCCACGCUGAUAACGUGCCUCAGUUUUCCCUGCUAGGUGUCAUCCCUGAGCCUGAUGGGCUGACUCAGAAUGAGGAUGUCAGCAGUGCCAAGGAGGACAGCGACUCCCUCCUGGUGGUCAUCGAAUCCCUCUUUGAGAAGAGUGAGGUGGAUGCAAACGUCUGCCAGACCCUAAAUGUGGACAGCACAGAGCUGCAGCAGUGGGAGGAAGCUCUGCUCAGCCUGGGGGCAGAGGAGGAGUCACUAGCUCAGGGGCUUGGCCAGAGGCCGGGCACCAAGGUGACAUCCUAUAUGGAGCAGAUGCUCCUUAGGGAGAGUGUUGGAACGAGCCUGGACUUCCAACACUGCCAUGAGGAAAACAGUGCUAUGGCUCACUUCCAGCGCUGCUGGGCAGCUGGUUCAGCAUUCCCAGCACAGCCCCAGGCAGCAGGCACAUGGGGAGGCCAGGGGGCUGUGGGCUCCGUAGCCUCCGUGACCUCUGAGGGCAGUUUUGCCCAGCCAGAGCAGCAGCCCCAGAUCCCGUCCAUCGCCGUCUCCCCCCUCGCCGGGGGCGGGCCGUUCCCGCUCUCGCUGCCUCUCGCCCUGAGGGAGCGGCGCUCGGCCGCUGUCGGCCCGGCCAUGUACGCGGGGCGCAGGCGGAGGAAGCCGGUGCCGCGGGCGUGA